CACACACACACACUCUCUCUCUCUCUCUCUUUCUCUCUCUCUGUGUUGCGUUCGUGUUGUUUUAGUAGGCAUGCAGUUGCAGAGAGGUGGGUUGGCUGAGAGCCUGAUGAAGUGGAACCUGAAGUCACCGACUACCAUUUUCCGACUACCCAAAUCCGAAUCCUCCCCUGCUCGCGUACCCAAAUAUCGCGUCUUCUCGUUUGAGAGCGUAGAUUCCGGCGAAGACGCCGACGAUGCAUGUAAAUCGCACGUACCCAAGGGCUAUCUCGCCGUCUACGUCGGCAGCGAGGAGAGGCGAUUUAUCAUCCCCCUCGGCUAUCUAAACCACAGCAUUUUCAGGGCGCUACUGAAGAAGGCAGAGGAAGAGUUUGGCUUCUCCAGCAAUGGGGGGAUCAGGCUUCCCUGCGAGUCCCUUCUCUUUGAGCAUAUUCUGUGGCUGCUCAAGAACAAGGACCCCAUGCUCCAGAAUCUCGAAAUGGAGGAGCUAUUGGGCUUCUACCACGAAGAUGACAAACACAGCUUCUGAUUUUUCCUACCUUUUAUAAUUUCUGAUCUUCUUCUUUCUUGUGUAUGUAAAGUCGGUUGCUUGGGGUAGCAAUGGAUCCCCAUGUCGAUGGCGAUGUCGAGUGUCCAUUAGAAGAAGUCCUGUUUUAGUGAGAAGGGAAGGUUGUGAACGCCACUGUCAUGGCGUUGUUCGAGGGUUUCUCGUGUUUGUCCUUCCUAUUCUCCCUUUCAUUCAGGAAGCAAGAGUCUACAGUAAGAGUUAAUUAACAUGGAGAGGUUUGGUUUA